AUGGUGGGCCCGUCAGAGGUGGACGUGCCCGCACUACAACAGAUGGCCCGUUUUCUAAACGAGCCAUCUCAGCAGUUUACUCUACAUCCAGUUUUGAGCAUGGCUGCGCUCAUACACUGGAGAGCGUUGUUACAUGCGGUGGCGUUGUUGUCCCUGGAGGACCGUCGUUGGUUUUUGGGAUGGUCGGCUCAGGGUUUAGAUAUUCCUCGGAAGUGUAUUCCGGCGGGGGCAGAGAUUCCUCACGACGACGCCCCGGGAAGGUUGGUAAUAACGGGGAGUGGGGAGUCUCCGUCGGCGGAAGGGGACGCUAGGGUGGUCUCAGUUGGGGCAGAGCCCGGUGAGAGCUGGGCGGCUUCUCCUGGGCCAGUAUUCAAGGGGAGGGAUCAGCUACAAGGGGUGGAUGCCCAUUUUCAUCCAAAGUCUUGUGCCCGGGUAAUGAAGCUGGGCACAGAUCCCAGUUUGGAGAAAGUGGUACAGCACCAAUAUCCACACCGUAUUCCCUGCCCCGUUAUUGAUGUGAUAGGGGGGAUGUCAGUGUACAUCGAGCCAAGUCACUUUCCACCUACGGUGGAAUGUUACCCGGCCUGGAAAGUGGUAGUAGGGAUCCAUCCCCGGUUCGCAACCACGGUCCAAGACGCGGAUAGGGGAUGGGUGGAGAAGAUGGCCACUAAGAAUGGGGUGGCUGUCUUCGUUGGGUUAGAUCAUUCAGCCGACGUGGGGAUGUGGAGGGCCCAGGAGUUGUUGAUGAAAGCACUCCUGGAGGCCAGCAAGCCGUCCACGCCUGUAGUGGCGAGUUUUGUUGGGGGGAAUUGGAGUUGUGGCCCUCUCGCGGCUGGUAUCCUUCUUCUCCAGGAGAGGUGCCCCCCAACCCAAAAAAUUCACUUAACCUCUUUCGACGGGGGGUGUCAAGCAGUUAAGGAUGCCUGUAGGUUGUUCCCGGAGGCCUAUUUUGGGGUCUCCGGGAAGGUGUUUGCAAUGGACGGGGAACAACGCCAGGCAGUGGUGCUUAUCCCCGUCGAUCGUCUUCUAUUGGAGACAAAUGCUCCUCAUAUCGGACUGAGGGGCCAAGGUCCUAGCGGCCCGAGUUACCUCAGAGAGGUGGCAGCCGAGGUGGCCAGGGUUCGAAACACAUCCCUGGAGGCAGUACUACAAAGCACUGUUUCCAACUCCCGGCGGUUGUACGGGCUGGCUAACCGGUAA